AGCACCCCUCGACUACCACCAUUCAUCUCCAGCUUCACAUCAGAGCUACUAACCUCGAGCGACUGGUGAUGGAGCUACAAAUGAGAACUCGCCAGCCACUGGCCUCGGACAGGCCUUCAAUCACCACCCUUCCUGUCGAGCUUUUAAGACUAAUUGUUGGGCAUCUGGCGCCCUCUUGGCACAUCUGCACAACUGAGAAAACCUACCGUCAUUUCACACGGCUUAGCUCUAAGGAAGACCUCAAGAAUGCCAAUCUAGCCCAUUCAUGCUUUCGCCAAUGGGUUCCGGAGUUCCUAUUCCAAGAUAUGACCUUGAAUAUCCUGAUAACCGGAAUGUCUUCCCAACUUGAACGCCUAUUGCUUGAUCCUCUGGGUGCGAAGAUAUCUAAGUAUAUCAAACGCGUACAAGUGCAGGUACCACCCGCUAUCCAAUGGGAGUUCCGUUACGAACAAGAGGCGGAUAAUUUAGAGGACAACACAAAGAUCAAGCUCUGCAAUCAGCUUAAGGUCAGAAAGGUGGAGGACUUGACAGAUGAGCAGCAGGAUUUUUGCGAGCAGUAUCACGCCUGUAUGGUGGAGCCUUUUACCACCAGCACGCGCUGGUUCGGCCUGGUCGCUUUCGCCUACUCUUCUUGCAAGGCGAUCUUUCCGAUGCUGCCAAAGCUGGAACACGUAGGGUGUGGCAUAUGUCUUCCCGAAGACUUUCCCCCUCCAACAUCUACCAAUAGCUUUGUCAGGCGUUGGAAGGACGACGUUGCGGCCGUCACCCCGGACUAUAUCUAUGACUUCGACGUCAAUCUUGCUUGGAUCAGUGGCGUAGUACUACGCUCUAUGCCCUUGCACGUCAAAUCACUCGAUAUGGCAGCGGCGAAUCUAACCAAUCUCUCACGAUUCAGGACCGUAAAUCGCCUUCUUUUUAUCAUGUGCAAAAGCCAUAAGUUAUCGCAGAACCCGGUCCACCGCUUGGGGACUAUGGCUGUCACAGAGCUCUCACUCACCAUUGGUGGAGCUCGAGGUACUUAUGGUACCGAGACGUGGGACGGACAUACUGGCAGCAUUGGAAUGGUGAAGUACUGGGCAGAUGCGAUCAAUAUGUGUCCAAAUCUCACACGUCUCGCACUUACUGGGGAAAGAAUGGAACCAUUUAAACCAAAUGGUGCUGGAGGACUGAGCAACGACCUGGAUCACGGCUGGAUGAGCUGGCUUUUCCGUUCCCUAGUGUCGCUACACCACCUCGAGAGCUUCAGCUUGAAUGACUUCGCUAUCAGAUGUGAGACCAUACCGAAGAUCUUCAAUCUCAUGCCGAAAUCCCUUCGUUGUGUUUCGUUCCGUCAGGUCUACAUUGAUCUAGAGGAUUGUAAGCACGAACAUACACACGAACACGUAGCAUUCGAAACCUGGAUUGAACAAGUCGCCUGGCUGAAGGAGAAUUUCCCUUCUCUCGCAGUGAUCAUGAAGGCGGACGGUAUAGGGGAAUACCUUCCAAACGGUCUUGCCAACUUACAAGAAUACCCCAAGAGUCGUGCAGCUAUGGCGAAGCUUGGCGUACAGUUUGAGGACUGACCGGUGGAAAUGGGGUCAUAAAGGUGGAACUUCUAGCUUCUGGGCGUACGAAAAGCGUACAUGUCGUACCCUUCAUGCCUCUUUCUACUUCUUUUCGUUCUGAUACUGCUCAUACGUCCCUAGAGGGCCACCGGGUAGUCGUGCUAAAGCACAUGGGAAAGACUAAUCCAGGCAAUAUCAAAGUAUCACAAUAUGAAUACCAAUCCGUCAUGAGCCUGUCUAAACUCUUCUAUGACUGUAUGUAGACCGUGACUUACUUUUGGUAAUCUAAAUGCAC